GGUGGGGGUCUCACAUUUCCCAGGCUACCCUUUUAAUCUUCUGCCACGUGUCUCAAUACUCAGCUGAAAGGACAAAUGGCCUCCUUGUAAAUUGGGACACUAGGAAACGUUAAACCAAAACCCUUGCUCAAUUUCUUUUCUUUUUUAUUUUUCACUUUUCUGAACAAACAAAAUGUUUGGCUUUUGUAACCGUUGUACUCUUGAAGAGCUAAAAUUAAAAUCUUUUUCUUUUCUUGUUACAGUAUAACAAAAAAGGAAGAUUUUUCACUACGAUUUACAAGUGGUAAAAAGAAAGAGAACGUUGUAGAGUAUCAACAACUUGCUUUGCUUUGUCCUCUUAACUCCUUUUCUUUGCUUCAGUAUCUCACUCUGUAAGUAAAGCACAUAUUAUAGCAUUCUGUGUAUUUUAAGCAUUUGAAGCUCACUAUAUUUAGCUUUCUGGGUCAUCUUUUCUUUUCAGGUCCUGGGUCAGUAUUGUAACACUUAGCAAAAAUGUUGAAGAUGGUCUUGCUGAUCUUUCCCAUUUUAUAUUUCUGUUUCUUGGGUCUUACAUGUGCUGGUCAAGAAUCUGUUCAACUCCUUAACCUUUACAUUUCAACUCCAGAAGCGCCAAAAACGGUGUCUUCUCACCCUAGUUUACCUAUUGCUGCUUCUGUAAGUAGUGGAGACCUUCAUGGGGUUUCAAGCAGUGUUUUAAUGGCAGAGAGUUGGCUUAGGGAUCAUGUUCUGGCUUACUACCCUGCCAACCGGUUCACCACCAUAGUUGUUGGCAGUACUAUUAUGUGCCAAAAAGGUCAAGAGCAUAAGCUUUCUCUUUUACUACCAUCUCUAAAGAACAUUCACCAUUCCCUUACAAGGUGGGGUUUGGAGAAAGAUAUCAAAGUCUCAGCUGUAUUUUCAUCUACUUGUUUGGACCCAGAAUCUACCUACUUUAAUGGGGAGUUUGCACAAAGAUUCACCAAACCCCUUCUGGAGUUUCUUCAGAAUACAAACUCAACUUACUCUCUACAUCCACCUUUUCCAAAGUUUGCUCCUUUACCAGCUGAAACAGCUAAUCUGGUCUCAUCUCAUUCCGAAUGCAUGAAAAAGCUUGGACUUUUUGAGCUCAACAAGGUCAAUGUGAUAGUCAAUAACAACCCUACUAAACCCAUGAGUAGAAAGCUCUCAUCUUUGAAUCCAGAUGCACUUGACCCAUUACCAGUCAGACCAAACCCUUUACCGAAAGUUGCAUUUUCAGUUCCUUCUAAUGCGGCCAAACCCCCUCAAUCUUCAGAACCCCAAAUAGCCUCUCCACCCCAGAUGAUGUCUCCUCCACUGGCCCAAAUAGUCUCUCCACCCCACUAUCCUUUCUCUUAUGCACCAGAAAGUUCCCCUGUUUUUGAACCAGCAGCUAGUCCACCAGCUUUUGAAUCAGCUAGUCCACCAUUUGGGUUCACCUUGCCUCCUUGUGAUCCAUCACCAUACCACCCAGGUGCCCCUUCACCCCAUAUAGGGAUGGUCCAUAAGCUUUGGUGCGUGGCUAAGCCCAAUGUCCCUGCUGAUACACUUCAGGCUGCCAUGGAUUAUGCUUGUGGAGAAGGUGGAGCUGAUUGUAAUGAGAUAAUGCCACAAGGAAAUUGUUAUAAUCCCGAUACUGUUGUGGCUCAUGCUUCUUAUGCUUUCAAUAGCUAUUGGCAGAAGCACAAGAGGACUGGUGGGACUUGUAGUUUUGGAGGGACUGCUAUGUUAAUCAACAACGACCCAAGUAAGCUUUUUUUAAUUAUGUUAUCUUCAUUUGGAUUUAGUUAAAUAAUUGUUGUUGGUCGUUAGAAAUAUUUGUUUUAACAUUUGAGUGUAAUUUGGCAGGCUUUCUUCACUGUCGUUUUGUGCUCACUUGAAAGACAAAAGCGCCAUGAAAUGGGAACAGAGGCUUGAAUGAUUAAAAUGCUGAUUCUAAGGUUACUUGGUUCUUUUUGGUUGUAUUAGUUGUAGAAAUUAGAUUGGUAGUUAAUGGAGUAUAUUAUCCUAAACUAGCUAUGAAAUAUUACUCUAUACAUCCAUGUAAUGUAAUACUCAUUUUGGUUUAUUUUAUAUCUAGAGCGAAGUUACUUCAACUGAUAAUAUGCGCUUGUUAUUCCUAUUACUUAUAUAUAUCAUUGUUAAUUUUUUCGGUUGAUAUA